UCUCCUCUAAUAUCUCCUUCAUCCUUCUUCUCACAACCUCCAAAAUCCAAAUUUUCCAUGGAGUUCUCAAGAACCGACCAAACUCUCCUAUGUUUUCUCUUUAUCUCCCCCCUUCUCUUCGCUUUUGCUGAUAACUACCAAUCCUACAACUCCCUCACCGCUUACGAAAUGCUAGAAAAGUUUGAUUUUCCCAAAGGGAUUCUGCCUGAGGGAGUUCAGAGCUACUUGUUGAGGAGUGAUGGGAGCUUUGACGUUUUUCUCGGUGAUUACUGCGAGCUCAAGGCGAGUGGGAGUUACCUGUUGAGGUACAGGAGAAAGAUCUCCGGCAAGGUGGAGCCAAGGAGUUUGAAGAAACUGGAUGGGGUUAGUGUGAAAAUCUUCUUCUUGUGGUUUGGGAUCAGUGAAGUGAUAAGGAGCGGAGAUGAGCUCAGAUUCUUUGUAGGGCCUUUCUCUUCAUCUUUCUCUAUCUCAAAUUUUGAAUUUUGUCCCCAGUGCAGAGAUAAGUUUAGUUCUCUCGAUCAAUUGGUUCAGAAUUCUUAGGGAUGGAUGCUGGUGAGCUCUGUAUCUCUUUCUUUUACA